AUAAUUAUUUCCUUUUCUAAUUGUUAUAUAAAAAUUGUAACUAAUUACUAUUGUUAUUAUUAUAAGUUGACAUCAGCGGUCAUACGGUUAAUUUAAGAUAGCCAAAAGCAUGAUUUCUAGUAUUCAAUUGAUUCCAGCAAAAUAAUAAACUUGUAACCUAUACAUUUUAAAAAGUUGCGCAUCCCUUGAUUUUCGUAAAAUUUGCAUAGGAGUUACAACAUACAAUACUACUACUAAGCGUGAUAGGAAAUCUAGUGUAGCUUCAUCAGGUGCUAGAUCACGAAGGCGAAAUGUGCGACUGAAAACUUUCUUAUGACAGCAGCGAUACAAAUAAAUAAAUAAAUAAAUAAAGACAAUAAUAACGUUUUGAACACUUUACGUAGCCUACUCACCCUGAAGUGUCCUUGAAAACAUGACUGCCCAGUUUAGCCACGCCAUAUGUUUGUGAAUUUUUUUUAUUUUUUUUUUUUCCCUCACCACGCGUUUUAUGGAGUUCCUACUGUUUCUUCUACGAAAGAUGAACUGUUAAUUCCUAACCAGCUGGCGUGAUAGGAAAUUAGCUCUCACCUAAAAAAAAUAAAUAAACUUCAGGAAAAUGGUAGUGUAAAAAUAUUGCACUCCUAGAAAAAAAAAAAAAAAAAAAAAAAACACACACACACACACACACACACACUGCUGCGGUGGUCAAAAUCGUCCUUUCGCUGCCUACCCUGAUCACCGUCCAGCAGAGAGAGAGAGAGAGAGAGAGAGAGAGAGAGAGAGAGAGAGAGAGAGAGAGAGAGAGAGAGCAUUAUCACCUCAGACAUUAACAAAGUCUAUUGAACUCGAAUAUCACGAACUAUGUAACCCACCUGACAGCGUGUCUCGUUACUCAAUCCUUCCGAUUCAUUUUGUUUUAACAAAGAUGUAACACGACGAAAAUAACACUCGACUGGCUUCUAUUGUUUGUUCAGCCAUCUAAACGGAUUUCCAUUAAUCAUUUCUUUUCUCGCCACCAAGGGCUAACUGCAUAAGUGUGUGUGUGUGUGUGUGUGUGGAGCCGGGAGUGUGCCUGUCAAGGUCAGUGGAGGCCCACCACGGCUUCACGCACAGGUUGACACUUGGCCAACGCAGCAAGUAGUGUGGGAACAGUGGUAUGCAAGAUGGCUUAGUUUACAAGUUGAAAUCACUUCUAACUGAAUACACACAUUCACACACACCACAAGGAUGGCUUCAUUACGAGACACUGCCAAGAUGAUCAAGUACAAAAGCCGCAAUCAAAACGAUGUGGAGGAUAAGAAGAAACGAUCAUUAUUUAUGACUGCAAUCUUGCCACUAUCUGAUGACGGAUUCCCAACUUCCACGCUUCACGUAAACGCCACGUAGGAAAUCCUAACUCAGGCCAGUCAAAUUAAACAUAAAGCAAUAAUCAAGAAAAAGCUGUUCCCUAUUCUCAAACUAAUAUACAUUAACACUCUCAAAGCCUGUAAUGUGUGUACCAAUCCCUUAUGCUGGGCAGGAGCUCCCAGCAUGCCCACAUGGGUUCCUUACUCAGCUUGGGUCCGGCCGAUCACGUCCUGUCAUCACUGUCAACGCAGGUAUCAAGCUGGGCGGAGCGGGAUGAUGGGUGUCCGGGGUCUACAGCAAGAGGUUGGAUCUGUGUUCCUCCUGCCCUUGUUGCUGCUACUACUACUCGUAAUUUCAGUGGUGGGUAACAACUGUGGUUGCUGGGGCACCAAUGAGGUCUACGUGCAGUACAAACCCCCUGUCAGUGGCUGGUUCCGCCACAAACGCAGGUUUCUCUUUGAGCGCAGCUACACUGUCUACACAGCUGAGCCCCAGAUACAUAAUUUUCAGCUGAGAUACAUGGUGACAAGAGGGAACUGGCUCCUGCUAGAAAAGAAAAAGAGAGGAUGGAAUGUUCUCAGCAAAAGCAAUCAAAACAGCACUGAACAGUUCAUUAUUUCAUGUCCAACAGGCCAGUGUUCAUGUCAGGCUGUUAAAGUGGAAGGGUCAUCAUGUUGGAGUAUUAAUGGACAGUAUAGUAAAUCCUCUAACAAUAGAAAGCCUCCAGGAAACCUCAACCAUACAAAGCCGUAUGACAGCAACAAGAAGCGCUCUCAGUGUCUGCUAGCAGAGCUCCAACAGUGUCUUAAUGACAAUAAAAGCAGAAAAACAGAUGAUGGCUGUGAACAAUAUAUAAGACCCUUGAUCAACAGCACUAAAUUAAAGCAUAAACAUGAGCACUACACGUAUCGUAAAUAUUAUUAUAAUCUGACCAAGGCUGAUGAUCAUGACUUCUGGCUGAUUGAGUCAGAGAAGAAAGUGUAUGCAGUAAGCCGCAACACUGGGCCCUGCCCUGACCAGCUGAUGCCUGACUCCAGAACUUGGCUGAGGACUGACGACAACUUCACUGAAAACAUCACAGUCACCUGUACCACUUGGGACAACCCUUCUGGUGACUGACCUGUACAGGCAUGAAGGCAUAUCUUGGUGCAGCCGCAUUGUUUUCCCUCGUGCCCUUCAAGCCACGGAUGUGUGGAUGAAUAAUUCACACAUUUCCAAGGUGAAGAGCACACAAUAAAAUGCAUGAAGCAUUGAAAACAAAGACAUAAACCACAUCUCCACUGGUUUCCAACUGUUCAUGCCAAAGUGCAGUACACUAUCCUUCCAAGCUGUUUCUCAGACCUUGAAUAGUAAAAUACGAAAAAUAAAAAAUAAAUGUAAACUAUAUUACACAUUCUGUUAACAGAAAACAAAAAUAUAUAUUUUUUUAUCAGUCAUAGCACAAAGAUUAAUUUACACCAAUUAUUCCAAAUUUUCAUUUUUUUUUUCUUUCACUUAAUUUGCAAGAAGUAAAUUUUCAAAUGCACAUGUAUGAAAUAACAGUAGAAAAAAAAAAAAAAUCCACUCCAACACUAAAAAGUCAACAGCAGAAACUACUUGUAUGGAAGUCCUGAUGAUGAGUUGUUUCCUCAUCAGAAAAUAAGAAAGAACACUGUACAGAUAUACUGCACAACUGACCCUCACAGAGUAUGAUUGGUGAUGAUCAGUGGCCAGGUAUUGUUAAUUUCAGUAUCCUAAGUACCACAACCUGAAGAUGCUGGAACUGAUAAAGUGGAGUGAACAUCACCAUAGACUGAUCACUCUCACAGCAAACAUCACAUGCUGUUAAAAGUGGUGCCACCCAUAUUUUUCAACUACUACAAUGUCUUACAAGAAAGAAAAUUAAUAUACAUAGUAUACCAAGAUCGCAAGUAAUGUGUGCCCAAGUGGUACAUUUCUCCAGCAGCACAUCUUAUGUCUUUCACCAAAUAGUGUGGUUUUCACAAGCUGUACAACUGACAUGAGACAUCAUGGUAGUGGGAUGGAGUUUUAGGCAUGGCAGAAGGUAGACACCCUACAAAAUUGAAUGACAAGCAGACAUAAAUUAUGAUCAAACAUCUGAGCACCUUUAGAGAGAGGAAACUCCCUCCAUAAUACCACAUCACGUUAUAAUUCUUCUGUUCCUGUUUGUCUUUUGGUUUUGUAAGCUCUCAGAAGUUAUCAGAUACAUUUAAUAAUUUUCUUCCAUGUAUGGCAUUGUAGCAGUUAAAAUUCAUAAGAGGGAGAUACUACUUUGAAUUUUUUUUUUUUUUUUUCAGAUAAUGAUCAAUCUGUAGUGAUAUUUAAUCUACUACAUCUUGAUUUUUGGUGAAAGUUCCUUAUCACAAGAUACAUGCAAUGACCUCCAAUGUUACUAUCACAUAUCUUGAAUAAUAUCAAAGGGAUGUGCUAUAGCAACCUUCAGUGUGGAGUGGUGCAAGAUGGAGCAAUUAAGGACACUCAAUAUGGUAGAAAUUAUUCUUCUACUCUGUACCUGCCUCCCAUACCUUUUACUUCCUAUAACACCCACAAGUCACUGUAAUUACACCCAACCCAGAUUCAUGGACUGCUCCUUGAAUUAGCAAUAAUAAGAUUCAUUUGACACAAAACAAUAAUUGUGACUAUGUACUGAUGAAAAGACAAUGAGGAUAAAAGGGAAGGAAAAGGAUACAAUUCUCAUUUAGGUUUACUGUGAUCACUUUGCACCUUCCCUGCAGCCAACAUCAUGGCAAGAUCAGCCACAAAAAGGAAUGAUGGCAAGAGAAGGGCACACAAGUUAGUGGGACAGUAGAGUCACCCUGGUGAUAAAACUUACAAUCAACCAAAGAUGAUACUGUAUGGUUGCAUAGUGAUACUUGGCAUGCAACAACUCCACUUUGCUGCCACUUUUGAAAUACCAGCAGGAAGAGCUUGAUAUGGGAGAGAGGAACAGAAGAAAGAACAAGGAUUUCUUUCCAACAGGCUGCCCUUAGUAAUGCCUCUGAAGGUUGCUGUGGCAUGUCAAUUUUAUAUUAUUCAUGAGUUAUAGUGAGUCCAUCAAUGAAAGUAUAUCUUUUGUAACAAAGAAGUUUGUGAUGAAAUCACAACUGAUAACUAAAUAUUGCCCAUUACAACACAGCACAGGUGUUUUUGCAAGAUCUCUGCUCUUAAGUCCCAGGGAGAAUUAAUCAUGUGUAUGGCAGCAGAGUACAGUGGGAACCAAUUUGGUUGUGGGAGCCAAACUAAUUAACUCUAGGAGUCAACUGUAGUAUCUAGUCUCAUAUUCUUAACUUCCUUCCUUCCUCAUCUUCUCACUCCCCAUAUCUCUCUCCUUAUCACUCAAAUCCCUAAACACAAGGUCAGUUGCAUUUCAGUUCUUAGAAAAACUUAACAUUCCUUCUCAUUCUCCUUCCUCAUCAAACAGAUCCACUGAUACAAUGGUGGAGAACAAUAAGAUAUCCUUGAGCUCAGGAACACAAAACAGUACGGUACUUAAUUUUCAAUGACAUAACACAGUACUACAGUAGUUCUUUAUGAUCUUAUAAGAAACAGAUGAGAGAGAGAGAGAGAGAGAGAGAGAGAGAGAGAGAGAGAGAGAGAGAGAGAGAGAGAGAGAGAGAGAGAGAGAGAGAGAGAGAGAGAGAGAGAGAGAGAGAAUACAUACUGUACAUGUAGUAUGGCUACCAUCUGGUUAUUCACCUUUCCUAAUAAUCUAGCAUGAAGUUGGUUCCCUGCAAACUAGAUUAAUGGACUUAAAUUGCUCUUUAGUAGCCCCUUAUGUGUAGAAUUAUAAGUAAAUUUAUUCAUAUACAGGUUUCUCACAUGUUGAUUUGAUUAUCCAUGAAUUAGAACAUUUCUAUGAAGCUGCAGAAAACAUGAAAAUGAAAAUUUGCAGGGUCCAUGGUUCAUCAGUAUUUUGCAUUUUACACACAGCUUAAUGCUCAUCCCUUCCCACAUAUAUUGUGCAGUUUUUUUUUUAACUCAAAAUGGAUAUUUAAAGAAUCAGUCCACAAAUCACAUGACAUGGUAACAUUCAUACAUAAGAGACAAGGAUGGCACACAACAGCUGUAUAAGUUCUACAAAUGAUGAAUGGCAUCACUUACUUCCAUUAAUAUUGUAUUACAUUGUUAUUCAUCUCUGCUCACGUUUUGCACCACGUGUUGAACAGUUAAUGCGACAAUCAAGAUUACUUACACACACACACACACACACACACACACACACACACACACACACACACACACACACACACGAAAAAAAAAAAAACAGGAUUAAAAUUUGUGACUUUUCUGUGGUAGUUGCAAUUUGCAAUGCUUUGAAGCACUUUGUGCCAAACCAGCAUAAUAGAUCUUAAUAUACUUUUAAAGGUACAAAUAAACAGCAAAAUAUUACAUGCAAGGAUACUUUGCAAACUGAUCCUACAUGUAACAAAAUUAUACAUAAAAGCAUGAGAAUCUACUGUAUCUCAUUUUUUUAUGGAGCAACAGCUGGAAUACAUGAACAAUGUCAAUGUAUUGUGAAUGUUAAACACUGCUGAAAUAAACAUAUGAAUGAAAUCAAAUAAACACAAUACCUCACGAAAAACAUGCUGACAACUCUCAGGUAGCCAAAUGUUGUGGGUGCCAACAAUAACAGCAACCAGAGAGCAAGCCAGUCUCUUAGAUAUCUUAAACGCUGUUUUUAUGUACAUAUUGUUUUUUUCAUGUUGCAAAUAAAUGAUGAAUACAUUCAUCUCUUGAUUUAUGUAAGUUUAAAUUAUGUAAAUAUGGAAUCAAGUGAGUCUGCUUUAAUAAGAAAAAUCUGAAUAACAUGAAUAGAAUUGUACAGUAAAAAUGUUAUUACUGUAACACAUGUUUCAGUAAUUUGCAGUUUAGACAACUCAUAGAGGCUCAUGUGUAAAAAAUGAAAACUUUAUAAAAUCUCAAUUAAUUAAUUUAAGAUUCAAGGGAAAUUUAAUCAGCCUUGUAAGAACCCAGGUGACAACCAACAAAGCUCAAAUGUGCAAUCUCUCUCUCUCUCUCUCUCUCUCUCUCUCUCUCUCUCUCUCUCUCUCUCUCUCUCUCUCUCUCUCUCUCUCUCUCUCUCUCUCUCUCUCUCUCUCUCUCUCUUAAUUAAUGUGUAGUACCUGUUCCUUUAGCAACAAUUAGGUAUAGGAUGUAAGCCAAAGGGUUGUGAUCUCACUGUCUUAGUGUUUGGUGUGUGAGUGGUCUCAGUCCUGCUCAGUGUUUGGUCAUAAUGAGCUCUAAGCUCUAUCCACUGCAUAACAGCUGUGUCGCAAGACCUGUUGUCUGUAGCUCUUUUCAGGCCCAUGGCACAGUACAAUGGCACUGCAUUGUGACAGAGGACUUUCAAAGUCCCCGAGUGAUGUUCACCCACUCAUGCACAUCAGCACCACUGACCAUGAACUAUCACAACAUACAGCUGGCACACUAUUAAUUGACUCUGUUCCACUUUCCUCUCAAAUUUCAUUGUUUUGUAGUGUUUUCUGAAUAUCUUGCCAUCCUUUAUCUGAAUAUUAUUUGAAGAAUACUGUGACAAAGAACUAGCAGUCAAUUACAAUCAUCACAAAGGAGAUAAGUGAGAGGUGCAACAACAGUGCUGCCAUCACACAACUGAGCAGUUACAUUACAUUUAGUGUGCUUUUUGAUUAUUUUAUUAUAUUCUUUAUGUGAUUUCUUUGUUUCUCAGAAUGAAUUAAGUUUCUUCCAUGUGUUCUUUUGAAUAACAAAAGAAUCACACUACAAACAGCUAGUUAGUGCAAAUUAAACUCAUUGUCAUGGACCCCAUUGUAUUCAGUUCUCUCUCGUCUGUGGUCAGCCCUAGUGGCUUGUUGGAGGCCCUGCCUACCUCUUGUUGUUCCUCUGUAAGUUAAUUGUACAAUGACAAUAUAUUUUUACAAAAACUA